UUAACAGACAAAACUAAUUAUAUAUACAACUCAUAAUCAACAGCUGAAACUAUGAUUAUUAACCCAUAAUCAAAAAAGAAAGACAGACCAUUAUGAGCCAAAUGACGAUCUUCCCUAUUUUAGAUUUUACAAAGGACUAAAAUCAAAACUCGCGGUAAAACAUGGAAAACGGUUAAAUGUUUAGUGGGUUCUUGGGCCCAAUUUAGCAUUCCGUCGGUAACCUUCAUACACCGCCGUUGAUUGUUCUUCUUCAUUCCGCGCCGCCGUCCCGCGAUUUUUUUUUUCUUUUGUUCGAAACGACGUGGUUUGGUAAUUUAUGAAAACGAUGUCGUUGUUGUUCUUCUCCUUCUUCUCAAUUUUGAUUCUCAAAAACAAACCCUAAAUCCCCGCUUCUUCUCUGCUCUUACUCAAUUCGUCUGACUCUUGGUACUUGCCCACUACUCGAAUUCAAAUCGAAAGUUGAGCUCGUCGAAUUUGUGAAACCCUAAAAUAGUAGAAUUCAGAGAGAUGAAGAUUGCUAUUGAAGGUUGUAUGCAUGGAGACCUAGACAAUGUGUAUAAAACAAUUCAACAUCAUGAACAGAUUCACAACACUAAAGUCGAUCUCCUCCUCUGCUGCGGCGAUUUUCAGGCUGUUAGAAAUGAGAAAGACAUGGAUAGCCUCAACGUACCUAGAAAAUACAGAGAGAUGAAAUCUUUCUGGAAGUACUACUCCGGCCAAGAAGUUGCUCCGAUUCCCACAAUUUUCAUUGGUGGGAAUCACGAGGCUUCUAACUACUUAUGGGAAUUGUAUUAUGGGGGUUGGGCUGCCACCAAUAUAUACUUUUUGGGUUUUGCUGGAGUUGUCAAGUUUGGUGAUGUGCGAAUUGGAGGCCUUUCGGGUAUCUACAAAGAGCGGCAUUACCGUUCAGGACACUUUGAGCGGCCUCCAUAUAAUGAGAGCACCAUUAGAUCGGUCUAUUAUGUCCGUGAGUAUGAUGUCCAGAAGUUGUUGCAACUUGAAGAGCCGCUUGAUAUAUUUCUCUCACAUGAUUGGCCUGUUGGUAUCACUGAUUAUGGAGACUCAGAAGCACUUAUGCGGCAAAAACCAUACUUUCGUCAAGAGAUCGAGGAAAAAACUCUUGGAAGUAAACCAGCGGCUCUACUGCUAGAAAAACUGAAGCCUCGGUAUUGGUUUUCUGCUCACUUACACUGCAAAUUUGCUGCUGCUGUUCAACAUGGGGAUGAUGGAUCAGUGACAAAGUUUCUUGCCCUUGAUAAAUGCCUUCCAGGGAAAAAGUUUUUACAGAUUAUUGAAAUCGAAUCAGAGCCUGGACCCUUUGAAGUCCUAUACGAUGAAGAGUGGCUAGCAAUCACACGAAAGUUCAAUUCUAUUUUCCCGCUAACAAGGAGAUACGCAAACUUCAGCACUGCUGGAACUAUACAAGAGAGCCGUGAGUGGGUGAGGAAGAAGCUAGAAGAAAGGCAAUUUAAACCUUUUGAGUUUGCGAGGACAGUACCUGCAUAUAACCCAUCACAACGUAUAUUUGAUUCCAUUCCUGAGAUCCCACAAAAUCCCCAGACGCUGUCUUUGUUAGAGCUCCUUGGUCUCCCAUAUCUCCUUGAUUCAUCACCAGUAACAGGGGAAAGAACCGAGAUCCCUGCUUCACCAGCUCCAUCAGAUCUUCCGACAUAUGAUAGCGAAGAAAUCCUAAUUGAUGACAUUGAUGAAAUAGAAGAGAUAGAAGAGGCAAAAGCGGAUGACCCUACGAGAGACGAGGCAUGAAUAUCUCCAUUCCAGUGGUCAGAAUUUCUGUUCUCUUGCUAAUAUCUGACUGCUUAAUCGUCAAACUGGAAAACAACCACAUUAGUUGGGAUUCUGUGAUUGGAAAACCAGGUUUUUUCUACAUUUUUAAAAUCAGCAUAAGUUUUAUUUGUGAUUUUAAAGAUAAGUGAAUCAUAAAUGUCUCGGAGAAAUAAAAAAGAUUAGAAAUUAAUGUUCAUCCAUUAA